AAACUCUGUCAGCAAAUUUAAAAGGCCAGCUAAGCUGCCAAAACAAGGCCAGCUCUGCGUAAUGCAAAACCAGAGGACCUUACCUCACACUCUUCAGUACUUCUAGUACUGACUACUUGUUACUACCCCAGCAAAAACCUGCAACUUUAACUCCCCUUGCUCACAUUUACAGCACUGAUACAUGCACAAAUUGUCAUAGAGAAAUGAGUGGAUAGAGUUCUGGGCAGCUGUUUUAUGUCAAGCAGAGGAGGGAAAGAAAUUCUGUACUUUGGUUGGUGAGAGAAAUUUAAUUUGUUUGGUGGGAGAGAUGGGAAUGGCAUGGCAUUGCAUUUCAUUGUUGGUGAUAUUAGCGGGGCUGAUGGUUCGUGGGAAUGGAUUUCCAGCUGAGGAUUUUGUGGAGGCUUUGCCUGGGCAGCCUAAAGUUGGAUUCAAGCAAUAUGCAGGGUAUAUUGAUGUGGAUGUCAAAGCUGGGAGAAGCUUGUUUUAUUACUUUGUUGAAGCUGAGAAGGACCCUGAUCAGAAACCUCUUGCUCUCUGGCUCAAUGGAGGCCCCGGUUGCUCAUCAAUUGGUGGGGGAGCCUUCACAGAAUUCGGUCCCUUCUUUCCAAGAGGUGAUGGCCGAGCCCUUAGAAGAAAUAAGAUGUCAUGGAAUAGAGCAUCAAAUCUCCUUUUUGUCGAGUCCCCAGCAGGAGUAGGAUGGUCAUAUUCAAAUACAAGUUCAGAUUACAACACUGGUGAUGCCAAUACAGCGCGGGAUAUGCACAUAUUUAUGAUGGAAUGGUUCAAGAAGUUUCCCUCAUUCAGAUCCAGAGCUUUGUUUCUCACUGGAGAAAGCUAUGCAGGUCAUUACAUUCCACAGCUGGCUGUUGCUCUGCUGGACCAUAAUGCAGAUUCUAAAGAUUUCAAGUUCAAUAUCAAAGGAGUUGCGAUGGGAAAUCCACUCCUCAAAUUGGAUCGUGAUGUUCCAGCAACAUAUGAGUACUUUUGGUCCCAUGGGAUGAUUUCUGAUGAGGUUGGCCUGGCUAUAAUGAACAACUGUGAUUUUGAAGACUAUACCUACCCUAGUCCCCACAAUGUCACAGAAGCAUGUAAUUCUGCCAUAUCUCAAGCAAACCAAAUUGUUGGAGACUAUAUAAACAAUUAUGAUGUUAUUCUUGAUGUAUGUUAUCCAUCAAUAGUAGAGCAAGAGCUGCGACUAAAGAAACUGGCUACUAAGAUUAGUCUAGGAGUUGAUGUGUGCAUGACUUAUGAAAGGCGUUUCUACUUUAAUCUUCCUGAAGUCCAGAAGGCUCUUCAUGCAAAUAGGACCAAUUUACCACAUGGCUGGUCCAUGUGCAAUGAUGAUCUUAAUUACACUCAAGCUGAUGGAAGCUUGGACAUGCUUCCAUUGCUUAAGCAAAUACUACAGAGUGGCAUUCCAGUGUGGGUUUUUAGUGGUGAUCAAGAUUCUGUUGUACCAUUGCUUGGCUCCCGGACACUCGUUCGUGAACUUGCUCAUGAUUUGCACUUGCAAACUACAGUCCCAUACGGAGCUUGGUUUCACAAGCGUCAGGUGGGUGGUUGGGUAACUGAGUAUGGAAAUCUGUUAACCUUUGCAACUGUAAGGGGUGCUGCUCAUAUGGUACCUUUCGCUCAGCCUUCAAGGGCUCUGCAUCUUUUCAGUUCAUUUGUGCGAGGCUGGAGAUUACCAAAUACAACACAGACCAGGAUGGAUGAUUGAUGAAGUAUAGAUAUUGUAUUUGAAGCAAGUCUCGGGUGCUUUAAUCCGUCUUGAUCUUGGAUAUUGCCAAAGGCAGCAUAAGAGUUAUGUUAAUCAAAUGUAAUAGGAACUAAAAAGAAGAACUGGAAAUGAAAUCAAGCAGAUAUUUGUUUUCUGUUCAGAUCAAAAAAUCCUUUAAACCU